GUGUGGCUAGCUCGUUAACAGAGCGGAAUCGCGCUGCCGCUAAAAGCCUGCGCGCGAGCCCCUAGCUGCUUCGAAGAAGGAGCGAAGACGUAACACACGAUGCUGGCAGCAAGAUCCCUUCGCGCGCUGGGCGCCCGCUCGCUGGCCGCCCGCGGCACCCAGAGCCGCCUCGCGGCGCAGAAGCUGCCAGUCGUCGCGACGCAGACGCGCAACUUCGCCCUCGCGCACAAGACCGAAAUCGACGACGAGCGCAUGCCCACGACCUACGCCGACUACUCGAAUCACGUGCUCCUCAUGCUCAGCGCGCACGGCGACGACCAGGCCAUCCGGGAGCGCAUGGUCCGGGACGUGAUGAAGGUCGACGGUGUCGAUCAUGUGGAAGCAGAAGGAAAGGUGGGCGAGAUCGAGCAGGCCGCGAAGGCUGGAUUGGCCAUGUCUCGUUUACCGUACCGCGUGGGCAUCGCCGCGGCGCUCGUCGCGGGCUUCGGCUCGAUCCCCAUGUGCUUCGACCUACAUACCGUAUUGUGGUUCAACGAGCAGUACGUGACCAUGGACGUCGAGGACGCGAAGAACCUCGAGACGUGGCUCGAGGUCGGCUCGUGGAGCUGGAACUGGAUGGAGCCGCCGCUCGGCCAGGCCUCCUUCUUCCUCCUCUGCCUCCAGUAUUCCCGGGACCAGAUGAAGAACAUCGGCAUGAAGACGUACACGGAGCGCGUCAAGGACAAGCGCGGCGCCAAGCUCGUGGAGAAGUUCCCGCAGUACAACGGCAUCGUCGUCGCCGAGUUCGGGCGCACGAUCAUGGACUCGGGCUAGAGGUCCUGGUGGAGGACGCGCGUGGGUCCCCUUCGGACCUGCCCGCCGCAUUUUAAAUUGCUUAGUUUUUA